UCAGAAAGUCUACGUUGCAUGCUGGAAAGGGAAGAAACAUUAUCUAAACAACCAGCUAGUUUAUGCGUAUAGAAUCACACUGGACUUGCAUGUAGAUUUUGGAAUAGCCAUGGACAUCUUGCUAACCUAGAGUAGACGUACAUGCAGUUUUUGCCGAUAACUAUGUCCAGUUUCUGGAAAGAUGGUUGCUACUACUACUAAUCAGCCUUACUCCUCGCGGAGUGGCGAUCGUAUCAUUCCAGCGACAUCCUGGCUACUGGAGGGGUCGCUGCAGCUGCUAUUUGUGCCGUUUUCAGAGCGAACGCGCGGAGAGUCCAAGUGCUCAGCUGAUGCUCUGGACGAGUGCGACUUGCACAGCAGUAUCCAUCUGCUGGUAUUGGCAAUCGCCUUCAUUGUGAGUGUGGUAGCGAACAGUCUCUAUUGGUUGCGCUUUCUUGCUGAGUUUGAACUCAAAAAGAUCUUCCACCCUCCGUCACCAGUGCUUAAGUUUGUGAGAAAGUUUGGAGCUGUCGUACCUGAUACGGGCACGUUUUUCGCUGGGAUUCCAAUCCGCCAGAGUCGAGUAUCAAGUGAUUGGCUCUACUACUCUCUUCUACAGAAAAGAGUAUUGCUGAUACAGUGGGGAGUGUAUAAUCCACGUCAUAGAGGACAGCGAGGAGGUUCUGCGGUCACUUCAGGCAGAGCCUUCUCCUCCACGUUAUCGUCAAAGACAGAUAGAUUGUACUGCGUGGAUAUCAACAGAUUCCUGUAAUUAAUUCGUCAAUACGUCACGCAUUUUGCUAUAGUAUAUCAUAAGGUCGUCUAUCGCAUCAAUACUCGUAUCUGCAUUGCCAAGAGUUGAAAAGUAUGGAUCCAAGCAACUCUCGCCGGUCUCAGACCGAUUUCCGUCGUCCCGUUUCAGCCGACACCAGAAAUAGUUCAGGCAUGAUAGCCAGCGCCGGGGAACGGCAUCAAGUUUUACAAGAGCCGUAUGUUCGUAACCGAGGAUUGCGGAAUGAGCACUUCCGCGAACAUCUCACACAGGCUGGCUUGCAAAACAGUCCACCAUUACAAUCCGCCAAUUCUCAUCAAUACCAGUCAAUGACCCAGUCAUCAGGACAGUCGCCUCUAGCAUCACAGUAUUCCACGUCCAUACCACGUUUCGCUGAUCCAGGUUCUCCUAGUGGCCAACCGAGGUCAUCGCGACUACAAUCAUCAUCCAAGCAUCCAUCUUCAAGCCAGCCACCUUUAGGUCAUUCGUCAUCUAGUAGUUCCUCAUCAAACUAUCCACCAUCAAGCCAUUCUUCCCAACACCAGUCUCAACCAACAGUUCAACCAAUCAGUCACAACAACCGAGGGUUCAACCCUUCAUCUCAACACCAGCCUGUAGCCACAACUAAUUCCAGCCAAUCACCAUGGGUGUUUUCAAGUGGGCGUGAAGACUUUGCGAACGUUUUGCAAACAGCAUCAGCGCCGCAUGGAUCACAAGCCACACAAACGCAACCCCCGGUACCACAUGCCCGGCCAAGAAUACGACAGUCCCCGUCCGGCACCAAUUUAGGAGCACUGGCCGAAUUGGCCGACGCGGACGAGGACCCAAGCGGCAAUGAAUCAGUUCGUCUACCACCUAGCCAACCCCAGCAGUUCUCCAGCCGCCCACAAGCCUAUUUACCGUCCUCGUCAGCGUCGGAGACCGAAAACUCCAUGUCCACAACAAGCGGCUCUUCAAUAGAUCCCUUCCAGCAUCACCCGCCUAGUAAUCAACUUGCCAGUCAGGAUGUCUUGUCAGACGCGUCCAAUUUAUCCGUGCGCCGGCCACCCAAGACAGAUACUAUACAUCAGAACGUAGCUGGUACUUUCGAGAAUGAGAGCAGAUCAGAAGGGCAAGCUGAGAGUCAACCUGAGUUCAUGGGCGGUGAAUCCUCCGGGCGAAGCCUCUCUGACUUACCUGCAUCUUCAAGCACGUCCAGACCUAUGGCACAACACCGUCAGCGGCCACCGGCAGCUACGGCCGCAAGUAAUCAUUCCGGCGGCCGAAGGAACUACAGCAGUGACCCUGACACCAGUGAAAUGGGCACACGCACACCGCCGCUACGUCACCAGCCGCAGCACCUACCCGACGCGUCAGCACAGCAAUUUCACCGCCAGCUUCAGCAGCCUCAGCUGCAGCCACAGUCCACCCACCACCAGCCAAAUUCCAACUCCCGACCGGAGCAGCAUCAGCCGUAUAACUUGAAUUCGCGGCCACCGGACCGCACCUCUGGCCAACAGUAUCCACAUAUUUCUAACGUGGCCGGACACACACAUCCGCACUCGGAUGAAUACCUCCAACACGAGCUGCCGAGAACAAGUGCAGAGGCUACUGUUUAUGUAGAUCCCGUACCACCGGGUAGACCACAUGGCGACGAGGCUGGUGGGUAUGAUGUGUUCUUCAUCGACCCACUGCGCGACGCUCACCAAUGUCCCAUCUGCAGCAUGGCCCUGAAGACACCGGUUCAGACCAGCUGCGGACAUCGAUUCUGCAAGACUUGCAUCGAUCCCAUUAUUGCUGAUGUUGAGAAUGCGCAGUGCCCGGUGGACCAUGAGCCGGUGGACAAGACGUUUGCGGACAAGUGCUGUGAGCGCGAGGUCCUAUCGCUGGGAGUGCGCUGCAACAACUACUUGAAUGGAUGUGUUUGGUGCGGACCACUCAAAGACUUACCGGAUCACAUGGGCGUUUGCAGGUACAAUCUAGUGCGCUGUCCGAAUCGCGGCUGCGAGGGGCAGCCCAUGUUCCAGUGCGAUCUGCACCGUCACAUUAACGAGGAAUGUUUGUAUCGGCCUGUGCCAUGUCGCCUGUGUCGCAUGAACGUAGCGCAAGCCCUCAUGCACGACCACCUUUCACAGGACUGCAUGGACUACGAGAUCCAGUGCCCCAACGGUUGUGGAAACAGUGUUAAACGCAGAGAUUUGGAGCGGCAUACGGCUCAGGAAUGCUCACACAUUGUGUGUACUUGUCCAUACCAGAGGUAUUCGUGUCCGUUCAAGGCCACACGUGAGGAAAUGAACCAGCACUGUCAAGACAACCAAGAACAGCAUCUGGACAUGGUCGCCAAGCAAACCCAGUCUCUGGAAGGUACGAUGGAUAAGAUGCGUAACUCAUUAUCCCUUCAGCAGCAAACUAUAUCCCUGUUGGAAGAAAAGCUCCAAGAAGAACAAGCAGAACGGAAGCGGCUGGCAGAGAUGCAAAAAUCAUCAGCGUCUCUCGAUCCUGCUGCAUUGAUGGCUGACAGUCGGUUCCAAGCGGCGCUUAAGGCUUUUCUCGGUGACCAGUUCGAGUCCAGGAUGGAAACUAAGGCAGUGGACAUUCGGAAAUCUGUUGACUUAUGCGAACAGAGGAGCAUACAGGCCCAAGAAGGCUGCCAACUGCUGAAAGGACAGAUUCACGAAAGCGAGAAAACACUGGGCCAGAUGACCGUUACUGCAGCACGCAGUGAUGCCGCGCUGGCUGAAGUUGAUUUACGUCUGCUUGCAGUGGAAACCAAUAGCUACAAUGGUCUGAUCAUCUUCAAGAUCAACAACUUUGCACGAAGGCACGAGGAGGCGCGUACCGGCCGACGAGUCAGUCUCUAUAGUCCAACGUUCUACACCAGUCGUCACGGUUACAAAGUCUGCCUCCGCGUCUACCUCAAUGGUGAUGGUUCGGGCAAAGGCUCCCACAUCUCCGUCUUCUUCACCAUCAUGAAGGGAGAAUUUGACGCGUUGCUCGAUUGGCCGUUCAGGGCCAAGGUGACGUUUGCCAUCCUUGACCAGGGACCAGCUCGCCAUCACCGGAUUGAGUCGUUCAUCCCGGACCCGAACAGCAGUUCAUUCCAGAAACCCGUCAACGACAUGAACAUUGCCAGCGGAUGCCCGAAGAUGAUCAGCCACAGCGAGCUGUACGACAAGCAAACCAGCUACCUUCGAGAUGACUGCCUCUACAUCAAGGCAUCCGUUGAUCAAGCGGUCUGUGGCAGAUUGGAGGGCUAAGCUUGGCACAUGGACUUAACAACCGAAUCAAGUGCCUUGUGCUCACAAAAUUACACAGAAAGCAACCACCAGCGUUCCUCAGUGGCUCCCGUCGCUUUGUUGCCGACUCUAAACUGCCACUUGGCUGCCAAGUGACUGCCGACUCUCUGCUUUCAGCCUGCGUAUCCAGAGCAGCUGUACACACCGGGUGUGGCCAACAUCGCAUCAAUCCCGACUCUGUCGGUAUCUGCCAGUGCUCAUGGGAUGGCAUGCUUGCACGUCCUCGACCACGUCAUCGUGUGUCAGUGUUGCCAUGGUGUCGUACUUACGCUGCUCCCUGUUUGAAAUUUCAAUGUUACCACCUUUUCGUUUCAUCAGUGUCUAGUCUUUCUUACACAUAGAGCACUUUCCAUUCAUUUUUACACUAGUUCUAGUCUCACAUUUUUAUUAUUUCCAUCCCACCACCACCACCCCCUCAUUCCCUUGGCAGCCACACCGAGCAACCGAACGGUGCCGGUCAACGCUAUGCUACGAGUGUGUGCGAAAAGAGGCAAUGGUCAUGUGCCCUGGUGUCCACCUACCGUUGAGGCCGGCCAUGGAGAGAACAGCGUCGACUUGCGACAGGCGUGCGGUUUUCUUCACUGCUGACAAGAGAAGCUGCGUCUUCGUGACGACGAUGAACGCCCGGUUCCAGUUGGACGUACAGGCAACGAACUGCCCAGCCAGUAUCUGCAGAUGCGAACACCGGAGAGCCUCUGCUGGUUCUGCUCUCUACUGAUGUUGUAGGGUGCCAGUUCUCAGUGAAAUCCAAUAGAGAGAGUCUAUGCCACGCCGGGCGUCGUGCAGCCCGGGAGCACUCGGUGCAGCCCGGGAGCACUCGGUGCAGCCCGGGAGCACUCGGUGCAGCCUGGGAACACUCGGAUGCGAACCGUGCAAGGUGACGCACAGAUGAUGUAGCGUCUCGUGUCCAGGACCACCUGCGACAGUAUGCGAUCUCAAACUGGAUAUUCUCUACUUCGAACACUCUGCAAACCUGCCUGCGAGUCUCGUACUGGAACUGAAAAUACUAUGAACUUGAAUGCAUUACCUUCUUUGAUCUGUCAGAAUGUGACUACUCUGAAGAUCCAAGACUGAGCCGAUGCGGCUACAUGCUCCCUGCGGACUUGCUUUGAAUACUCACUAUCGCAAUUGAUUCUGUUGAAAAGGAAUGUUUAUGGCUCUGGCUUAUGCUACCACUACUGGCUGUGUACCUGUUGGUUUCACAUUAUAUGCUUGCACACACACAUACACACACACAUACAUACACACACAUACACACACACACACACACACACACACACACACACAUACAAACACGCAUGCGCACGUGCGCACACACACACACCAUCACACACCACAUUUCCAUCCCCCCCCCCCCCCCUACUAAGAAUGGCUUGGCGGCCUUGAUGGAUGUUGACAUGAAUUCCUGGAUUGUUGUUGAUGUUCUGGAUCCACGUGAUUUUUUAUGAGGUUGAGCUCUACCGACUGGAAUUGAGGAAAUAAUUGUAUUGCACCAAUGAUCAUUCUCACAUUUCUGUUUUUGAUUCUGUCGCUUGCUGCUUGCAUAAUCAGCCUACUCUUCAGUGAUGAUGAUAAUUAUUAUAAUUUAUGACUGAUGUGAAACCAUGAA